GCUGGCAAGAUACGAAAGAAAGGAAGGAGGGUCGGACGGUAGAAGCGCGUCUCGUUUCAAGUUCUUCAGAGUUCCCAGUGGUUUUUCCAGUAGUAGUCGAAAAGACCUUGCCGUCGACUGUGAACAAAGCGCUCUGCUCUCCAUCGAAUUCGUGCUUUUUUUUCCCGACAACACAAAAAGAUCUCUGCGCUACCAGUUAUAUAGCCAAUCCGCCUAAACCACAUUAAUAGAUCCAGUGCGCCUGCGUCGAUAUCCAGUGAGGAAAACUCUGGUCGUCGUCGUCGUCUCUCGCAGUAUGUGUGGUGAAGAAAAAAUGACGGACACAAUGUGCAGAGUGAGCGAGAAUCGUGUUGUGGCAUAAUCUCUACGACAUCACGGCUUAUUAUUUGUGAAAGUGCUUUCAAAAAUUGUACGUCGGCUGCUGGUAAAAACGACCUCGACAGUUGGUCGUCGUGUGAUAACAAAUGGCGAGCGGACCAGAGUAUCCAAAGAAGCCAGAAUACUCGAUGUCUUCUGCCAAUUCGAUGGAUCAACUCAUGCAGGGACCUCUGGUGGCAUGGGUGCGAACCUUCAAAGAUGACGACGAGAGCCGCACAGAACUGGAUUACUCUCAGCUGAUUGACGGGGCGUUCCUUGACAACGUUUUAUCACGAAUAGACCCAAGGACGAAUGGAAGAGCCCAUAUCCAGCCGGCUGAAGAUGUUUACACCCGGAUCCGCAACUUUGAUGCGUUGGUGCGGGCCGUUAAGGGAUUCUAUGAGGACGUGUUGGGUCAAUUUGUGUUGGUUCGUUUACCCGAUCCUGUGACACUUGGUCGUGACCCCGACAGUGAAACCGGUUUAGCUGGAAUGCAAACACUCCUGUUACUGGUUCUCGGUUGCGCCGUCCAGGGUCCCAGUAAGGAGAGCGUCAUUGAAGACAUCAAAAGGCUUCCUCUCGCAACUCAACACGACAUUGUUAAUUGUAUCCAACAGGUUGCCGACAAUCCCGCCUGCGUGUGGAACAAGGAAUGGUCUGAAUUCGAGUCCAUUGAAUCCGCCUGGGAUGACAAGGAAGAACAGCAGCAGCAGCGGGAGGAGCUGUUCAGAGUCUUGGUUCAACAUUUACGGCGGCUGGUUCAAGAAAGAGAUGACUAUGCUCAUCACUUUACCGCCAUGGUACUUAGGGAGCUCUCAAGUAAUGGCGGAAAUACACUCCAGCGUCACAACAGCGCUUCGCCCCAAAGUGGAGUAGUCGUCGAGCUGGCAGAGGCCAAAGCCAAGAUCCGACGCUGGCGACAAGAGCUGGAAGAGAAAUGUGAACAAGUGGCUGAGCUGCGUGACGAGCUGGAUGCUCUCAAGACUCACUCGGUCAAAAUUAAACAGGAAAACAUGGAUUUAGUUCAGGAAGCCCGGCUGUCAAAAGCCUUGCGGGAUGAAUUGGAUAUCGUCCGCGAGCGGGCCUCAAAGGUGGAUCGAUUGGAAUCGGAAUUGAAUCGCUACAAAGAUAAACUGAAUGACAUCGACUACUACAAAGCCCGUCUGGAUGAACUGCGCGAAGACAACCGGCUACUGGAGGAGACCAAAGUCAUCCUUGAAGGCCAGCUGGAAAGCGCCCGGCAAAGAGCUGAACUCGUCUUGGACUUGGAAGGCGAACUGCUCAAAUGCAAAAGUCAAUUGACAAAUUUACUGGUGGAGAAGGAGGCCGACAAGGAGCGAUUGAAGAAAUUGGCCGAAGAGAACGCCCAUUGGCAACUGUGCACUAAAAACUGCCUCAGCGAAUCGGCCAGCCUGACAGCCGAGCUCGAGUCGUUGAGAGCCCACCAGGCUUUUUCCGACACGAGCAAGGAUCAGUUCACUAAUCUCGGCGAGCAAAUGAGUUCCGUCGAUCUCCUGGGCAAAGCCCGUCGUUUGGAAAUGGAAAAUCAGAGAUUAACGAACCUGCUGUCGUCCAACAAUGCGAAAGAGUCCGGUCUGCGAGGCGAUAACGGCGAAAAGAUUUUACAACUCGAAGGAGAGUGUACCCGACUCAAACUGCGAUUGGCCGAUCUGGAAGAGGAGCGACGGACAAAGGAGAACCACAUGACGGAAAUGAUGACAGCCGUCACUUUGCGCACAGCGGAAGUCGAUAGGCAAAAUCAGGAUCUCCAGCGCAAUCACCAAGAACAAAAGAAUCUCAUCGAAAAUCUAAAGGUGGAACGGUGCAAAAUAGAAGAGCUGGAGUUGCAGGUGUCGUCACUCGGCGCCGAGAAUCAGAAAUUACAGCGCUCGGCCGAUCUCUUCCAGAGACGAGUAGACUCUGUGCAGAACGAGUCGCGAGACCUCGAGUCGGAGAAUGCCAAACUGCACAAGACGGUGGAGAGUCUACGCCAUUCGCUGCGGCGCCUCAACGACCUGGAAAAGGAAAACACAGACCUUGAAAGUGAGAACCAUCGACUCGAUCGCGAAAGCAAAGGGCUUCAUAAAGAGAUAGUCCGGCUUAAGCAAGCCAUAGAGGUAAAAGACGCUUCGUUGGACGAAUUUUGCUCCAAGCUCUCGACGGCUGAACGCGAAUGGAAACGGCUGUCGAAGGAAGUGGGCGCGUUGCAGACGCAGGGAUCUAAACUACGCGAGCUGGAACGUGAUAACAAGGAGCUUCAACAGUCCUCCAUCGUCGAACACAAAACUCUCGCCGCCAUCAGGGAGGAAUUGGUCCAGGAGAAGAUAAGAUGCCAACAGUUGCAAUGCCAACUGGACACCAAUACCAGGACUAUAGAACUCAAUCGAGUGGAGCGCGAUACCCUGAAAAACACCAAUGAAGAACUGACCCAGCGCUGUGCAUCGGCUGCGGCAACCAGUGCGGAAUUGAGCGCACUCAAGCAGCAGUCGGAAGCUCCCAGCGCCCAGCAGCAGGAAUCUCUUCCGCCAACAUUGGAGUUGGGACGCGAAGUGCUGGCCAUUAAGGAUCGGCUGGUCGAACUCGAGCGACAAAAUGCGGUUCUGUUGGCGGAGAAGGACAAUCUGACGGCCCAGAUCUGUUCGCAGAAGGAGCGAGUCAACGAGAGCGGGUCUCAGCUGGCCAUCCUGUCUCAAAAGCUGGCCACUCUUCAGGUAGAGAACUCGACGCUGGCCUCUCAACUGGACUCGACGACGACUCAGAAUUGCGGCAUCCAAGCAGCACUGACAGCCGUAGAAUCUGAGCGUGAGAAAUUGGCGGCCCAAUUGCAGUCGUCCGACACGCGACUGGAGCGCGUGUCUCGCGACCAGCAGGAGUUGCAGACUCUGCACGAGCAGCUCCAGAGCGAGUACGACGCUCUGCUGGCUGAGCGCGAACAAUUGAAAAUCUGCCAACGCGAAAGCAAAAGCGAGUUGAGAGCCCUGCACGAUCAAUUGGCGACGAGCAGCCAAGCCGAGACGGAGUGGCAGCGCUCACGGACGGAGCUGCAAGAGGAAUUGGAUAAAUCAAGGGUGGAAACGCGGUCGUUGACCAAUCUAAGAGCCGAGCAUUCCCGGCUCAAAGAUGACUUCCGCUCACUUUUCGUGGCCAACGAGAAGCUCAAGAGCGAAUACAAGAGCUUGCAGAACGACUACAAGGGUCUCCGCGGCGAUCACAACACUUUGAAACUGAAACACACGCAGUUGCAAGGCGAAGCGUCCGAAUCUCGUCAUCAGGUGACCAAUCUGGAUGUGGAACUGAGCAAGUUGAACAACAAAUGCGACGUGCUGCAGCAGUGGAACACGACGUUGGAAGAAGAUAAGCGCAAUCUGGUCAAUCAAGUGUCGGUUCUGCUGACCCAGUACCACGAACUGCUUAGCCAGACCCUGGAAGAGAAGGAUCACUUUCACGAAGAGACCAAGAAUUUCAGCGACAAACUCAAUCACCUCAAGCGCCAGAAAGAGAUCCUUGAAGACAAGAUCAUGGAGCAGUACCGUCGGAUGGAGAAUUCUCCGAAUUUAGGCGGCGGAUCGCCUUUCAAGAAGAACGCCAAGGCCAGCAUAGGUGCCCUUUUCGUCCGUAAAAUGAGGAGGGCCUCGUCCGAGCUCAUCAGUCGGGUCCCUCGCUCUCGGUCACGCAAUCGAGUCGGCGACGGGCUUCCGUCCGGCGAUCGAGAAAGCCCCGAUCAACACGACGGGCAACUGGAUACCUUCAGUUUGGAAUCGGGUUCGCACUCGGGUUCCAAUUCCGGGUGCGGGUCUUUGGACGGUGGAAGCGGCGGAGAAGACAUGACACCUACCAGCCUCAUCGGGAGUAUUAGUGGCGUUUCACCGGGUCUGACUUCCGGCGGCAGCGGAACAGGUUGGAAUGAGCGCGAUCGCAAUCGCCAGUCUAUGCCCAUCAUUCACUACCAACACCCGGAAAGUCUGGAAAACUCGAUUCCAACUGCUUCUGUCCGUCAUUCCAUUUCUUCCGACGGAGUGUGUAAUGGCUCCUUGACAUCUGCCAACCAGAUCAAUGGCAACCCAAUCCAAUCCUCUCCUCUAUCCGUCAACGGCAAUUCUGUCGGGACGGAAUCCGAUGGAAGCACACACGUUUCCGCUGCAACCAACACAAGCCAACCGAAAACGUCGCUGAGUGGUGGUCUCAUAUCGGCUGCCCCGCUGAUGAUGAUGGCUCCUUGUUCCCCUCAACUACCCCAGCCUUCCCCUAGACUUGACGGAAUCGUUUCAGGAUUCCAGGGCAGCAGCACGCCGACUUCCGGUAACAGCCCCAUUCCGAUCGGGGCUUUGCAGAGGUUUACCCAAUCAUCGCGUAGCCUGGCACUGCUAGAGAGGGCCGGAUCAAGGCAACCUCUGUGCCUAUCUGAAGUCGAGCCGUCUCUAGUCCUGAGCGAAACGCCCAGCUCCUUGGCUUUGCCCCUGGCCUCCCGUUCGUCGCCGUUGUUGACGCCUCGCAACAUCAGUCCGGCCGGCAGUGACUCGAUGGCCAGCGGCGGUGGUAUGCCUGGCAGCAGCAGCAGCAACAACAAGAACAAUAACAACAACAAUCACAAUCAUAAUCACAACAGCGGCUCAAUCCGAAGCGGAGCAGCUGCUGCUCUAGUCCAAACUUCAACGACGGGAACCAGUCCGACUCCACUCGACAGCAGCACACCCAAUUCCAAAUUGUUUCCGCAUCUGACCAGUACUACUCGCAUCAAUGUCAAUAUCAGCACAGCAGCCAUUACCCCUCUCAUCCCAUCUCCCGCGUCACCACUCCUUCCAGGGCCUUUUGAGAGAAGAGGAUCUCUGCGACUUCCGCCUAGACCCUCGCCUAGAAUCACUUCCGCCGAAGCCCCGCCUCUUUUGCCGGCCAGGAGGGAUGGGUUAAGCAACCAGGAAAGACCCGCUUUACCACCUCGAUCCUAUUCGACCAACAAUCCCGCCACGCCGACAGUGGAGGAGAAACCGACAGAGGACCCCAACGUGAAUGGCAGCACUACGGGAGCCGGCAGUGCCAGUUCCAUCUGGUACGAGUACGGAUGCGUUUGAAUACACAGUCUGCGGCCAGCUUCGAUAUUGCAAUCAGGAUUGAAAGAGAGUUCGAUUGUGUUCUCCGAUCCGAUAUAGUCAGCUACGUAUGUACUAUAUGUCCCCCCCCCCCCCCGUUUCUUCGCACGUGCUAUUCCUUCAUCUAUUCAUUUGGUUCGCUUCAUCAAUCAUUACAACAAAAAUAUGUAUAAACAUUGACAAUUGGAUGUUAUAAAAUAUAUCUUCAGUGUAGUCACUUGUACAAGCCGUUGGACAUUCGACAGCUUAUUUACAAGUGACCUCCAAAAACCUCGAUUUCAUCAUCAACCAUUAAACUGGCUUUAAUCUUUAUUCGGCAAUUAGUGUGUAAUAAGCGACGUUGCUGCAACAUCAGCUGGCGGAAAUUCGUGUAGCAUUAUGUUCACAAUGAUGAUGCCCAAACAAUGCUUUUCGACAUUCGGUUGCUUGACGUAGUCACAUAGGAUAGUACUAUCGGCGGCAUUCCUUUGUGAUAACAUAUUUGCAUCAAUAAAUGUAUUACGAUUUUAUUUUGUAUUCAUUGGUUUCAAAAUUCUGCUUGCUAGAUAUUCUGUGUGUUAUUUCCCUGUGAUUUUGACGAGCGACGCUGUCGAAAUUCAAUAAAACCAAAUGUCCAAAUCGAA